GAGAGACGGUGAAGCCGGUGGCCGGUGGCCGGGCGGGACCAACAAAGAUGGCGGCGGCCCCUGCGGCGGGAGCGAUCUGGGUAACGGCUGCGGCUAAAGCUGCAGCCGGGCCCACGGGGGGGCUGCACGGGGGUAGUAGGGGGUGGCCCUGAACUGGGGCCUGGCCCCGGCUGGCCUCUCCCGCCGCCUCACCGGGGGACAGAUACUAAGUAUUUGUACCAAACACGAUGCCAGGUACUGGGAAUACGAUGGCUGAUUCGAUAGAUCCGGUUCCUGCCCUCAGUGUAUAUACUGCUCCCCACUUUCGUUGAUGUGGUAGUGGUGAUGACUGAGACAACCACCUAAUGUGGAAAUGAGAGGACAGCAAGAUUGUGGGUCCAGCCUGUGGUGUCCACAAUGCCCCAGGCCUCUGAGCACCGCCUGGGCCGGACCCGAGAGCCACCUGUUAAUAUCCAGCCCCGAGUGGGAUCCAAGCUACCAUUUGCCCCCAGGGCCCGCAGCAAGGAGCGCAGAAACCCAGCCUCUGGGCCAAACCCCAUGUUACGACCUCUGCCUCCCCGGCCAGGUCCCCCUGAUGAACGGCUCAAGAAACUGGAGCUGGGACGGGGACGGACCUCAGGCCCUCGUCCCAGAGGCCCCCUUCGAGCAGAUCAUGGGGUUCCCCUGCCUGGCUCACCACCCCCAACUGUGGCUUUGCCUCUCCCAUCUCGGACCAACUUAGCCCGUUCCAAGUCUGUGAGCAGUGGGGACUUGCGUCCAAUGGGGAUUGCCUUGGGAGGGCACCGUGGCACCGGAGAGCUUGGGGCUGCACUGAGCCGCUUGGCCCUCCGGCCCGAGCCACCCACUUUGAGACGUAGCACUUCUCUCCGCCGCCUAGGGGGCUUUCCUGGACCCCCUACCCUGUUCAGCAUACGGACAGAGCCCCCUGCUUCCCAUGGCUCCUUCCACAUGAUAUCCGCCCGGUCCUCUGAGCCUUUCUACUCUGAUGACAAGAUGGCUCAUCACACACUGCUUCUGGGCUCUGGUCAUGUUGGCCUUCGAAACCUGGGAAACACGUGCUUCCUGAAUGCUGUGCUGCAGUGUCUGAGCAGCACUCGACCUCUUCGGGACUUCUGUCUGAGAAGGGACUUCCGGCAAGAGGUGCCUGGAGGAGGCCGAGCCCAAGAGCUCACUGAAGCCUUUGCAGAUGUGAUUGGUGCCCUCUGGCACCCUGACUCCUGCGAAGCUGUGAAUCCUACUCGAUUCCGAGCUGUCUUCCAGAAAUAUGUUCCCUCCUUCUCUGGAUACAGCCAGCAGGAUGCCCAAGAGUUCCUGAAGCUCCUCAUGGAGCGGCUACACCUUGAAAUCAACCGCCGAGGCCGCCGGGCUCCACCAAUACUUGCCAAUGGUCCAGUUCCCUCUCCACCCCGCCGAGGAGGGGCUCUGCUAGAAGAACCUGAGUUAAGUGAUGAUGACCGAGCCAACCUAAUGUGGAAACGUUACCUGGAGCGAGAGGACAGCAAGAUUGUGGACCUGUUUGUGGGCCAGUUGAAAAGUUGUCUCAAGUGCCAGGCCUGUGGGUAUCGCUCCACGACCUUCGAGGUUUUUUGUGACCUGUCCCUGCCCAUCCCCAAGAAAGGAUUUGCUGGGGGCAAGGUGUCUCUGCGGGAUUGUUUCAACCUUUUCACUAAGGAAGAAGAGCUAGAGUCGGAGAAUGCCCCAGUGUGUGACCGAUGUCGGCAGAAAACUCGAAGUACCAAAAAGUUGACAGUACAAAGAUUCCCUCGAAUCCUCGUGCUCCAUAUCCUAAUCUUCAGAUUCUUUCUUCUCUUAGGAUACCUCCCAUACAUUCUCUUUCCUCACCCUCCAUGUUUCCAGAGAAUUGAAUUUUCCUUAGGAAAAGCCUGCCACCCACUUUUCCACAAGCUGCUCCCAGUGUGUUGGGAGUGGGGAGAGGACAGCUUUCAGGAUAGAAGAAGUCCCCCUCAGAGGCCCACUGCCUCCCAAAUGCUCCUUAACCAGGGCUUAGAUCUGAAUCGAUUUUCUGCCUCCCGAGGCUCCAUCAAAAAAAGUUCAGUAGGUGUAGACUUUCCACUGCAGCGACUGAGCCUAGGGGACUUUGCCAGUGACAAAGCCGGAAGUCCUGUAUACCAGCUGUAUGCCCUUUGCAACCACUCAGGCAGCGUCCACUAUGGCCACUACACAGCCCUGUGCCGGUGCCAGACUGGUUGGCAUGUCUACAAUGACUCUCGUGUCUCCCCUGUCAGUGAAAACCAGGUGGCAUCCAGCGAGGGCUACGUGCUGUUCUACCAACUGAUGCAGGAGCCACCCCGGUGCCUGUGACACCUCUAAGCCCUGGCACCUGUGAAGCCCUUUAAACACCCUUAAGCCCCAGGCUCCCCGUUUACCUCAGAGACGUCUAUUUUUGUGUCUUUUUAAUCGGGGAGGGGGGAGGGGGUGGUUGUAGCUCCAUUAUUUUUUUUAUUAAAAAAUACCCUUCCCCCUGGAGGCUCCCUUGUCUCCCAGCCCCAUGUACAGAGCUCACCAAGCCCCUGCCCAUGUACAGCCCCCAGACCCUCUGCAAUAUCACUUUUUGUGAAUAAAUUUAUUAAGAAAAAAUGACGUGUUUAUUUGUAUU